GAUUUUGAGCCAAUGAGAAGAAAGGGAUAUAUGAUUACAUGAGAAAACGCCUCCACCAGAAGUGCUUUUCUAUCCUCUCUUCUGGGCCUUGGCGAGAUUUCUGGACUUCAAAGAAUAGACUGGAUAUCGCCGACAGCUUGCUUGACUUAUUAUUGAAAAAUAAAUUUUCCAGCACGAUGCCAGUACAAGGAGUAGGAGAAGAUUGGAGUUUAAACUUAAAACCAGAAGAUCUAAUUAAUCGGGCAAAAGAUGCUAUUGAAAAAUCUAGAAAAGUUUAUGACUCUGUUGCUGAAGUACCUCCUGAAGAUGUUUCAUAUGAUACAGUGUUAAAAGCACUGGCAGACAUGUCCUGCUGGUUUUCUUCCAUUCAAUACUUUUUGGAAUCUGCUCAGCACAUCUCUACUGAUUCUACUAUACGUGAUGCAAGCUGUGAGGCUGAAAAAUUGAUACGAGCUUUCAAUGUUGAAUCUAGUAUGAGAGAAGAUGUUUUUAAGAAAUUGCAAGUUCUUGAAAGUAAAAAUCUACCUUUGAAACCUGAAGCUAAACGUUACUUAGACAAGCUUGUUCAAUUAGGAAAGAGAAAUGGCUUGCAUCUUUCUAAGGAUAUUCAAGAAGAGCUAAAAACUAUCAAAAAUAAAAUAGAUGAACUUGCUAUUCAAUUUUCGAAAAAUUUAAAUGAAUUGAAUACAACAUUUGAGUUUGAGGAAAAAGACCUCUUAGGUAUGCCAUCAGAUUUCUUGGCUAAUUUGAAGAAAAACCCUGAUACUGGGAAAUAUGUUGUGGGUUUGAAAUAUCCUGAUUACAUUCCAAUCAUGCAAAAAUGUAAGGUUCCAGAAACAAGGCAGAAGAUGGAGUUGGAAUUUAACUCCCAGUGUGCAACUGAAAACCAUCCGCUCUUAGAUGAAAUUACAAAACUAAGACACAAGGCAGCAAUUUUGUUAGGCUAUCCAUCUCAUGCAGCUUUCAUCACAGAAAUUUUGAUGUCUAAAACAGCUGAUAAUGUUAAUAAUUUUUUAAUGGAAUUAAAGCAAAAGCUUGCUCCAUUGUGGGUUGAAGAAAAGGAGCAACUAUUGAAACUUAAAGAAAAUGAGUGCAAGGAAUUGGGUAUUCCUUUUGAUGGUAAAUUGAAUGCAUAUGAUUUGUCAUACUAUACAUAUAAAAUAAAAGAAAUUAAGUAUGAUGUGGAUCAAGCAAAAGUUAAAGAAUACUUUCCUAUGCACGUUGUUAAAGAACGCAUUUUAACUAUUUAUCAAAAAUUAUUGGGGUUGACAUUUUCUGAAGUGAAAAGUCCCGAAGUUUGGCAUAAGGAUGUUGCAAUGUAUAGUGUGACAGAUACAGCUACAUCUGAGCUUUUAGGAUAUUUUUACUUAGAUUUGUUUCCAAGACCAGGAAAAUAUAGCCAUGCUUGUUUGUUUGAGAUGCAGGCUGGGUGUUUGUUACCUGAUGGUUCACGUCAGCUGGCUGUUGGUGGAAUGUUAGCAAAUUUUACUGAAUCAAAAACAGAUAAGCCUAGUCUGAUGAAUCACGAUGAAGUCACAACAUUUUUUCAUGAAUUUGGUCAUGUUAUGCAUUAUCUUUGUUCAAAAGCUGAUUUUGCCAUGUUUAGUGGGACGAAUGUAGAACGUGAUUUUGUUGAAGCUCCAUCUCAAAUGUUGGAAAACUGGUGCUGGGAACCAGAAUCCUUAAAGGAACUUUCAUCUCAUUAUGAAGAUAAAAGUGUUAUACCUGAUUCUUUAUUAAAUAAUUUAAUCAAGUCUAGACAAGCUAAUACAGGAUAUACAAAUUUGAGACAACUUAUCUUUGCUCUUUAUGACUUUAAACUGCAUUCUAGUGAUAAGAAUGAUGUUAAGGAAACAUAUGCUGCUUUAUUAAAGGAUAUUUUAGGCAUACCUCCAUCUGAAGGAACAAAUUUCGGUUGCAACUUUAGGCACAUUAUCAGAGAAUACGAUGCUCAGUACUAUGGUUAUUUGUGGAGUGAAGUAUAUAGUCUUGACAUGUUUGAUACUCGCUUCAAACAGGGAAAUAAUGUUUUAAACCCAACAGUUGGAAUGGACUAUAGGAGAAAAAUUUUACAGCCAGGAGGAACAAAGGAUGCAACUGAAAUGCUUCAAGACUUCUUGGGACGCAAACCUUCUAAUGAAGCUUUCUUACGAAGUAAAGGAUUAAAAGUUUAAAUUUACUGUAAUAUUUAGUGCAAAAGUCAGUGGAAAUUAUUUUUGUUAACUGUUUCAAAAAUGAUGGCAAAUAAAUGCACUUAUUUUUAAUCAAAAUAAUAAUAAAAAAAUUAUCCUCUGA